AUGACUCAUUAAUUAUCAAACAUUGAAAAAAUAAAAUAGUAACUUCAACUUUAACAAUAAGUUAAAGAGAUUCUAGCAAAAGAAUAUGUGGAUUUGUAAGAUAAAGAACAUUUUGAAGUAUUUUAAAAUCAAUCAUAAGGUAAUUGUUGGAGUUUUGGAGAAACCAAAAAAGUAGAGAAAUGGAAAUGAUUUAUAAUUAUUAGCAAUGGCAUUUUCAUCAAUAAAAUAUUUUCAAGAAAUGAGCAAGACAACCAGUUAAGAUGAAAUGUUAAAUUUAUUUAGAGUAUAAGUAUUACUAAUAAAGGAAUUGUAAUAUAUAGAAGUACCUGCAAGAAGAACUUUAUUUCGUUUAGGAGAUAUAGGAAAGAAUUUCUAUAUAAUUUUGAGUGGUUCAGUUUGGGUAUUAAUUCGUUUAACGAUUUUUAGGUGUUGGUUGCAAGAUCAGGUUUAUAGAGUGGUACAUUCUAAAAAAAAGAUGAGAACAACAAAGAUAAAAUUGAUAUAGACGAAGGAACUUUAUAGGUAAAAAUGAUUAUGAGAAUUUAGGAUGAAUUUGAAUUUAUAGAAUUGGAUGAAGAAAGUAUGUUAGUUUAAAAAUAUCCGAAUUUAAUGAAAGUUGGAUAAAUAGGAGCAGGUGGUAGUUUUGGUGAAAUUGCACUUACUAACUUUAUUCCAAGAUAGGCCACUAUAGUUUGUAAAGAAAAUUCACAAUUCAUUACAUUAUCAAGAGAAGCAUUUAACAAAUUUUUAUGUAAUAAAUUAAUCAAUUAUUAAUAGCUGAAUAUUACAAUCGAAUUUAAUAGAAAAAUUUUGAGUUUUUAAAAUCUAUAUAGAUUUUUAAAUCUUGGAAUGAUGCAGAAUUAAGUCAAAUGCAAUAUCAUCUAUAACCAUUAGAAUAUUGUUAUGAUACUCUUAUUUAUAAAGAAGGUGAAAUUGUUAAGUAUAAAUCAAUUAUUUUAUAUAAAGAGGUGUAUAUUUUGUUUUGGAAGGUUAAAUUGAAAUCACAUAAAAUGCAAAAAAUGAAUUUUAAAUUGAUUAACAAUUUAGUAGAAGAUUGUAAAGAUCUUAUAGUAUUUUAUAUUAAUUCUAUUCAAGGUUAAAAGAAUAUUCAAUUAAAGUUAAAUAGAUGUGGAUAUGGAUAAUUAUUUGGAUACUUGGAAAUUGUAUCUAAUUAAGAAUUUAGAUAAUCUAAAGCUGUUUGUUUAACUGAAAAAUCUAAAAUGUUAUUCUUACCAGCAGAUGUAAAAAUAUAAUAUUUAAUUUAGAGAUUUAAAUUAUAUUGUUGCACUGGAUAAACUUUAUCAGAAUUGAAUAAGAUGAUUGAUAAAUUAUAUGAAAACAAAAGGAUUUCUAAAGAAAUUUUUUUAGGGAAUUCAUAUCAACAUUCAAGUGGAUUUGAUUUUUUAACUUAAUCACCAAGCUAUUUAAAAACUUAGGAUGAAGAAGAAAAGUUUGUCUAAGUUAAUUUAACAUAAUAAAAUCGAUAAUCAUCCCAUAAAAUGAAUCCUUCUUAAAAAAAUACUGAAAGAAAACCUUAAAAAGUUGUUUAAGAAAUUCUAGGCAAAAUAUAACAUCAACCUUCUAAUAUUUAAAACUAUUAUGAAUUUAUAUCUUCUCAUUCGAAAGAAAAGAAAUCAGAACUUACUUUUGAAUGUCCACUUAUUGAGAUUCAACAAAGUAGGAAAGCAAAGAUUUUAUAAUAAUAAUUAUAACAUUAAUAAUAAGUUAUACAUUUAAAAACACCAAGUUAAAAUAUUGAUUCGAGAGUAUGUUUAAUUUAGAGUUUAAAACUGCCUAAAUUAUUUAAAAAAUAAAAAAAUAAAGAAGAUGUUCAAUUAUAAGUUUAUAAGUUUGUUCGAUAAUAGAAUUAAAGUGUUUAACUUUAUUGA